AUAUAAUUUUUACGAUACUCUGCCACUGCAGCUAUGGCCUCAAAGUAGCGUGAUUUUCCUAAAAUAAAAACAAUUGAACGAGCAUAAAUAAGGAAUUAGGAAUAACUAGUGAACAAAAGAAAAUAAACACAAAAAAUGCCAUAAAAAAUAUUAACAAUAACCACCAACAUUGUUAAAUAAAUUGAAUUUUGAUUACAAAGAAAUAAAUUUUUAGAUUUAAAGACACAUAGAAAAGUGAGGUAAAGUGCCAACACGAGAGCCAAAGGCACAUAAAAUACGCACACACAUACACAAAAUAACAAAUACAGUAUAAACGUUAAUCAGAAGGCAAACAUUUAAUUCUACACAAAUAAGGAGAGCGUCAAAGCAACAAAAAACAACAACCAAUUAACGGACACCAGCAACAAAGUCUGUGAUUUUUUAUAUAAUUUUUAUUUUUGUUUGGAUCGCAAAUUUAAUUGUUUGUUUCAUUAUUUUGCUGUGGCGCCGAAAUCUCUACAUUGUUGUCUUGCCCUUACGUCGGCUGUCAUGUGAAAAAUUCAAGUUACCCAUUGCCCCACAAACGGACUCACCACAAAUCAAAACAAGAGCAAAUAAACAAAUAAAACGCACAGGAAUCAACUGUAUGAAAUACUAAAUGAAAAGGAGUGAAACGUAGCGGAUCACUUAGAAGGAAAGUAAAAGCAUAAACAACUCCAAGAACAGCCACAACCACAGCCAGCGCCAACUAGAAUUGUUUCUCGCAUAAAAAGCUAAACCAAGUACCAAGAAAGACAGAAAGCGAGAAGGGCGGAAAGACAGAUAUAUACAAGCAAUGAUAACUUGGCUAAAAGUCAUUUCAAGCAGAAAGCAGUGAUUGCAUUUUGAGUGGGUUGUUCGGAAUUGAACAAUUCCAAAUUGCAGUGGUGUCAAUUGAGUACAAAUUGCAUGCCAACAGCACGCAAAAUAAAUUAAUGUGGCUCGUUUGUUGAUUUAACGGUGCAAUUUGCUGUGGAGUUCUGCGACUGGACGCUGAGCAUGCAAAUGAAAAUAUAUGUAUGUGCAUAUCUAAUAGACUGAUCUACGUUUAAGACGUUCAAUUGGCUCGUUUGCUCAACUGAAAUUUUUUACGCUCAACUUCGAAGCUUUUCUAAACAUUCCUCAUAUUGUUUACUGUUUUAAGUAAUUUGUACUAAACACAUACACACACUUAAAAAUGGUACAUGCACCAGCGCGCAAAAAUAAAAGCGCAAAUGGCAAUUGUGAUUUAGUAGAGGAUGUCCUGACGCCAGUGCCUCCAGAUGGCGGUUGGGGAUGGAUGGUCGUCUUUGGCUCCUUUAUGAUACAUCUUAUUACCGAUGGCAUGACAUACUCGUUUGGCCUCUUCUACAAUGAGUUUCUCGACUACUUUAACGAGGGCAAAGGUUACACGGCCUGGAUAGUGUCCAUUAUGGUGGGCGUUACUUAUGCUUCAGGCCCCAUCUCCUCAUCCUUCGUCAACCGCUACGGCUGCCGCGCAGUUACCAUAGCGGGUGCCAUUAUUUCCGCAAUCUGCAUCGUUUCUAGCAUAUUCGCCCAGAAUGUACUGACACUUAUAUUCACCAUUGGCAUCGGCACCGGCUUCGGUCUGGGUCUCAUCUAUCUACCAGCCAUCGUGAGUGUGACGACAUGGUUCGAGGCGAAACGUUCGCUUGCCACGGGCAUUGCAGUGUGUGGUUCCGGUUUCGGUACAUUCGUAUUUGCACCACUCACCGAACAUCUGAUCGGCUCGUUUGGUUGGCGUGGCGCGAUGCUCAUCAUUGGCGGCAUAGUAUUGAAUUGCAUCAUUUUCGGCGCACUUUUCCGCCCAUUGGAACCGCCACAGCCGCCUAAGGGGAAGAAAGCCGAUAUUAUUGAUAAUAAUACAACGAUUGGAGAGUUGAAGCCACUCAAAUCGAAUGCAGAUGGUGGAGAUCAAUACUUGCAGUUGCCAGAACGCGCAGAUGGGCCACUAUGUCGGUCAAACAGCGUGGGACAUGGCUUCAAUAGUAACAAUUUGCGACAACAGCUGCGUCCCUCAUUGGCGCAUUGCCGGAUGCUCUCACUCGACUUGACAAUGCUGUUAGCGCAAGUAAAAUGUAGUUCGUUCCCAACACCGUCAGAUGAUUCCCAUAUAAAUCAAACCGAUCUUACAAUCCUGUUAUAUGCAAAUAAUAACCAGGCUGUGAACAAUAGCGCUAAUGGUAAACCCCCAGUGCCGACCAUCGGGCAGAGCACCAGCAGCACGGAUAUGGUGCGUCACCGUAGUCAGCCGCAUUUGGAGCAAUUGACGCCGCCACAUGAGAACUGGGGUAGUGGCACCAUGUAUCGGCCGGACAUUCUAUACCAGGGUUCUCUGCUCAACAUACCAGAGUACACGGCAUCACGCAAUGACCUCUCCGGCAGUGGUAUGAUUAAGCGUUACGGCUCGGUGCGACCCAGUGCACGUGCCAGUCAAAGUCAGGAAGUAAUAAGAUGUUGUGGCUGUGUGACCUGCUCCAAGGAGACCCACGACACCUUUGUCGAAAUGAUGAACUUCUCGCUGCUAAAAGAUGUGGUCUUCAUUGUGUUUGCGCUCUCGAACUUCUUCACCAGCAUCGGUUUCAACGUGCCAUACAUUUACAUAGUCUCACAAGCUGAAACACUAAAUCUCGGCAGUAAGGAGUCCAGCUACCUGAUUGCCAUUAUAGGUGUGGCCAAUACAAUUGGCAGAAUAGUGCUGGGCUACGUGUCCGACAAACCAUGGGUAAAUCGAUUGUGGGUGUACAAUGUCUGUUUGACUCUGUGCGGCAUUGCUACCGCCAUGGCGCCGUUCUGUACAACUUUCUACACGCUCGGCGCUUAUUGCGCAGCCUUCGGAUUCACCAUCGGCGCCUAUGUCGGCUUGACUUCAGUGAUACUGGUCGACCUGCUUGGCUUAGAGAAAUUAACAAAUGCUUUUGGUCUUUUGCUACUCUUCCAAGGCAUCGCUUCAUUUAUUGGACCUCCAAUUGGCGGCUGGCUGUAUGAUGUCACCAAUUCGUAUGGUCCCGCUUUCUUCAUGGCUGGCAUCACGAUCGCUAUCAGCGGUAUUAUACUUUUCGUCAUUCCACCCAUUCAACGGCAUCUCGACGCCAAGGCCAAACAGCAACAACAAGCGAACGCGCAGGCGCUAUCGCUAAGUUAGUAUGGCCUUGCGCUUUUAGCAGAAAGUGUUAGUGGUGGUGAAUCGAGUAGCGAGUCGCCAUUGUGCGCUACGUCGCCCAACAUGACUUUGAUACAAUUUUGUAUUGAGCGCUUUUAUUUUCAAACUAUUUUUUGUUUGCUUAUAAUUUUGUAUGUUCUUCGUAAACAAUUUCUUAGACUUUUGUAUCAUUUAGAAUAUACGCACGUAUGUAUGUAUACCAUUUAAGUAGUUGUGUAUGAGAAAGAAGUGACCUUUGCGGCGCAUCACAAAAAUAGGGAAACACUUUUGCCUUUAUGAAUACAUACUCGUAUGUAAACCUAUACACAUACAUACGUAUGCAGAUAUGUAUAUGGCUGUAAUAUUUAUGUAGCUAAAUACAUAUUUAAACAAAAAACUUCAAAUUUACUCUAGUUGCUAGCGUAGGAAAUGAGAGCGAACAGAAUUUAGUUAUAUUUAUAUGAAUGUUAUAGUUGCUAUUGAGUAUGAAAAAUGCGAAAAUGACAUGUGAAUCUAACAAAGAAGAAUUUAAUAAGUACUAAAUUACUGUUAGGCUAAAAUCCAAAAACAAAAUAUUCUAUUAAAAACUCAAAAUUUGUUCAACACUUCAAGUCUUGCCUACGCAUUAAGUACUUCAAUAAUCAAUCGCUCAGGUCUGCCAUAGCGCACAUAUCGUAUCGUAUGCUCAAACUGUAUGCACGACAACUGAUAACGGUAUUCACGAUAGUCUGUAAAGUAAGAAUUGCUAAUGAACGGAAAAGUGGUAAAUAAUUCAUGGUGUGAAAAAAUGGUAUGAAAA